AACGCAAGUGUCAUAUUAAGCUAAUGUGCAUACAAGUAAUGCUUUACUUUGAUGAGUAAUGAGUGUGAUAUAGAAAAUGCAGUCACGCAAAUAGUUGUCAAUAUUGUGAUAUUUUGCAAUUGCCUUCAUUUAUGGAAAAUUUCUUGUUGGUGAAACUGAGUGAAAAUUAAAUUUGUUUAACAUGCAUGUUGAAUUAUGUGGCAUCGGAUAUUACAAUGUUGAACUUGACAUAUUUAAAGUUGUAAUAUAUUACAUAAAGAUACUUGUUGACUUCAACACCACCAUUAUGGAAUUUCUUGUAAUGUUUGGUGAUAAAUUUUUAAGUAGUUUUAAGAUAAUGGUUUAAUCUGAUAACCAGUGAUAUAACAUUGUAACCAAUCACACUAUUGAAGGAUUUAACACAAUUUCUCUAUGAUGAGCUCAACCCUCGUCGAGACCGUGUCGAUCAACUAUGAGGACUUUAACGACAGUUUCCUGACGUGUGGUACAUGCCUGUGUGUGUACGACGGCGCGGAGCACCACCCGAAACUCCUCCCCUGUUCACACACUGUGUGUAAGAACUGCCUCGAGCGAAUCGUUGACACCCAGAUACAUGAUACCGGGACCUUCCGUUGUCCUAUUUGUCGAGAAACUAUAGGAAUCCCAAGGGGAGGUGUAAUCUCGUUUCCGCCGAGCUUCAUCGUAAACCAGCUGCUGGACCUGAUGUCUCGACAACGUCGCGAUGUUAUACCUAAGUGCUCCGUGCACUCUGGAGAGGAACUACUUUUUUGUGAGUCAUGUGACUCGGUGUUCUGCGUGCAGUGUACGGGGGAGGAGCACAACGGACGUGGAGCGAGCGAGCAUACUGUCAUUCCCUUUUCCAUCGCGAUCAAACGUAUGUCGGAGAUUUUGCUGUACAAAGCUCAUCUGUGCAUAAAAAAUCUAAAUAAUGCUUUUGACAAUGUGUCCACUGAAGUUCACCAGCUGGAAAACUCGGUGGAUAGAACUAUGGAAAAUAUAAACAGAUCGUUCCAAGAUGUGAUAUCUCUAGUUGAAAAAAGGAGACAGGAGUGUUUAUCAAUGGUUAGAAAAAUACGGGAAGAAAAGAAAACCAUUCUAAAAGAGCAGCUGGAUUUAAUUCAAGCUGAGAAACAGAAGGUACAAGGGGACUGUGAUGGGCUGCAGUAUCAAGUCGAGGUGCGGAAUAUCACGAAGAAAAUCAGCGAUCUUAACGAGAAACUGGAUGCAACCAGUACGCUGUCAGAGCCUCGAGAAAACAGCUUUCUGAAGUAUGAAUAUAGGCAUAAUUCUGCUGUGAAUGAUAUAACAAAUGCUCUCAAAAGCCUAGGAAGAGUUAAGGUCAGCACAACAUUUCCGGCAUUGUGCUCAGCAAAGAUCGGCAAGGCUGUUACUCACCUGAAGUCAAUGGUUACAGUGAAUACUGUUGAUUACCAUGGUAACCCUAGAACAAGUGGCUCGGAUCCUGUGAUAGCGGACUUGAAAAAUGACAAAGGUGAGCCAUUUGAUGCAAAAAUAAAGGACAAGAAUGACGGAACUUAUGAAAUCCAGUAUGUCCCCCCAAAGAGUGGCAGUUACAAGAUAUAUAUUGGAAUAUUUAACCGACCUAUAAAAGGCAGUCCAUUUUCAAUACAAGUUACUGAUCAUAACAAUCCAGUGAUGAAGUUCGGUGAAAAGGGUACAAGAGAGUGUGGCUUUCUGCAGCCUCUGAGAGUGGUUACGGGCGACGAGGGUCAAGUUUUUGUCUUGGAUACGGCCAAUAGUAGAGUUAAAGUUAUUGACGAGUGUGGAAACUUUGUACGCCAUAUAGGACCGGAGGGGUUUGAAAAUCAAAGUGGUAUGGGCAUUGCUCUUGCGUCGGACAAUCAAGUUGUUGUUGUAAACUGGAGGACAAAAUCUGUGUCGUUUUUGUCACAGGAUGGGGAAACUAUAAGUAAGUUUUCACACGAGUGCUUGGUUGAACCUAUUGAUGUAGCUGUGAAUUCCAAAGGGGAGAUUAUUGUUGCAGACAUUGGAGCUACUAAGAUAUUUAUCUUUGAUCGAAAUGGCAAACUGCAGACAACGUUUGGCAAUAGGGGAGAAAAGGAUGGACAAUUCAAAAACAUUUCAGCCGUCACUAUUGGACGAUGUGACGAAAUCCUAGUCGCAGACCACAGAAUUCAAGUAUUCACAAAAGACGGGAAAUUUUCCCGUGUUGUUCCCAAUCAGGCCAAAGGGGAUUAUGGGGGAAUUUGUGUAGAUGGCGCGGGGCAUAUUCUCGCCACUCGUAUAGAAAAAGGGAAGGGAUUUGUGCAAGUACUGAACUCUAGUGGCAAGCUCAUGUCAUGUAUCGACAGUUUCGAGGACAAGUUGAAACGACCAAGUGGGCUCUGCGUGACCAAAGACCAUCAUGUGUACGUUGUUGACCUCGGCAACAACUGCAUUAAGAAAUACCGAUACAGAUGAGAUGCAUCAGCCGGUCUGACCUUGUAUGAUGAAUGAAACAAGCUUCACUGUGAUGUUUACCUGCAUGUUCAAUUUACACAGAUCUGAAACCUUCUACAGACAUGUUGAUCAUUUCGACAAGAAUACUUGAAAUCUUUGGACAUUUGGAUACCUUCGGCACAGAAAAGCUGAAAGAUUUGGACGCCUUCAACCAAGAAAAUCUCAAAUACUAGAGCAUUUGGAAUUCUUUAGUCGAGAAAAUCUGAAAUAUUUUGACAUUUGGAUACCAUCAGCCAAGAAAAUCUAAAAUGUUAAGACAUUUGUAUCAAAAAAAGAAAGUUUCAAAUAUUUCUUUGGGCUUUAUUUUUUAUAUUCUGUCAGUUUUAAGACAGUGCACGUUCAUGUUCGACGUUUCUCUUAAUUAUGUGAGCAAAACUGUAAUGGCAGGUUACGCUUCCAAGUGGCAUUGUCUGCUAUUUGAAACAUCAAUGAUUAUUAAUGAGAAUUCGGAACGAAUUUAGUGCAACAAAUUGCCAUUUAAUAUUUUAGCCGGCCUGGAAUUGUCAUAUUUGAGUUUUGAUUAUUUAUUUUUUUGCAAAUUUCCACCAGUUAGUGCUAUUAUUAAAUUAUCAAAGAUAAGAAAUUAUUUGAAAUGAUUCCAUUCCUUUCUCAGUUAUUGUUUUGGGAGCCAUGUAAAUCCUAUAAGCACAUCUGGCCAUUACAGUUUUGAGUAAAUCUUGGAUCUUUGGUGCGAAUUCAGCACAUAAAUAUGCCAGUAAGAAUCACGAUGCUUUUGAUGUGGUUACACUGUACCAAUAUUGUACGUACAUCUUGCAUUUUGCCCACUGACUCUAACUUUUUUCACAAUCACAAUGUGUAUGUUGUUAUUUAUGUGGUACAUACUUAAUCGAACAUUUUCCCAUUUAGAAAUAGAUAUAUUUCCUUCAAAUCAUGUUGAAGUGUUGUUUUUCGGAACCUAAUCUCAGCCCAUACAAACAAGCAUAUCUAUAAAUAGAUUCUCUUACUUUACGUUAUUAAUGCAUGAUUGAUACUUUGUACAUAAAUCUUUAACAUGAAAUGCCAAUUGAAAUGUAGGGGUAGUAUUUUCAAACGUCUGCUUUAUACAAUCACAAAAGUAUUUUCUAAAAUUUAUUUUAUACAUGUUUUUGGAAAGUAAGUUACAUGAACAGGGGUUAUUAAAUUCCGAAUGACACUGGAAAUCUCCAGCCAAUUUAAUUAAACUGGUAAAGGUUUUGGUUUGGACAAAGUUAGACAUUUAUUGAUUGGUCAAUAUUUAUCGAAUAAUUACUGUCGACCAAUGAAAUAGCUUUUAUUUGCAAACAAGCCAAAAGAUAUCCUGUUGAUGACUUCUCCAGUUUUAUACAAUUGACAAUUUUAUACAAUAUUUUGAAUAUUUUUUAACGUGUCAUAGCCUUGGUCUACGGCCCUAUGUAAUUUUUUUAACCUUGGCCAGAACUUUAAAACUGAUUAAGAUUUUGAAAUGAUUUCGCAAACUCUGAAACAUUUUCAUGAUAACAACUUUUUCUGCUUGUUGUGUUCACAAAAGUGUAUUACCAGUCUAAGAAGCUUGCUCAUGUAUUGGAUUUGAUUGUGCCAUUUUCUGCUGCAAUAGUAUGAUCGCUCGUCUGAAUGUCACGAGUCUGAAUGUCGCUCGUCUAAAUGUCACGAGUCUAAAUGUUGCUCGUCUGAAUGUAUAAAUACAUGUAAGACUGUAGAAUGAUGCUGACGAGGCAUCUGUUAGACCAUUACAUGUUCGCUCAUCAUCUGUUAUUGUUGUUUUUGAACAAAAAAACUGUCCAAGUUAUUGUCAUAGUUUAUGGCUUCGUUGUCGACGGCGUCAGCCUACAAACUUUGGUCAUAACUCAAAAACUGUUCAAGAUAUUCAGACAAAACUUAGAACAUAUUGCCAGAUAUAAUAUGUACAUGUAUAGAGCAACACACACAGCUUUGGCAUGAAUAGUUUUUGAGUUAUGCCCCUUGUUUAACUCAAAACAACAAGAACAGGCGAGCAAUGGAGUUUGCUCAUUGGCACUCUUGUUUAAUUUAAUGUAAUGUUGUACAUGUAAAUAUACAUAAAAAAGCAUUAAAAGACUACCUUCAUGUUAAGCCCCUGAUUUUGAAAAUGAUUAACUAGCAAUCUGGAAACUAUUUCUUGUCCUUAAAACUGACUUUCGUCUAAGUUGAUGUAUGCUGAAAGCCACUGCGAUGUAAUUUCAUUAUCACUAUUCUAUGUUGUAAUUUAUGUGUACAAUGUACAUACAAAAAUUAAGUGUGAAAUAUUGUUGCUUUCAUACAUAUUUUCCUUUGUACAAUUUUCCAAUUUUUCUUUUGCACUGUAACUGAUAUCAAACUGCUUUCAGCCGUAUUGUCUUAAAAUUGUAGGUUGAUCACUUUAUUUGUUUUAAAAUGGUUUUGCUUAACUAACAUAAUGGGCUGAUUGUUCAGAAGUUUGUUAGAGUUAACAACGGGAUUAACAACAUCGUUGUUAACUUUUAAACGUAAAUUUUGUGAUCAUGUGCUAAAAUAUUUAAAUAUAAACACAUACAGCUGACACAGUUGUCUCAUAUCUUGUUAGAAAUACAUCAGAUCAAAAGUGAGUAUUUUAAACUACCAGAUCAGUAACGAUGUGAAAGUUAACAACAAUGAAGUCAAAAGUUGUUACCUAUAACAAAGUUCUAAAAAAUCAGCCCAAUGUAACAAAAUAUGUUAAUUAUGACUGGAAAUUUGACCCAAAGUGUAAAUAUUGAUGAAGAUGAGUGAUUGACAUGAUUAUAAUAGUUCAGUAUUUUCUAAGUGCAAUGUUGAACUUUAAUUCCAAUUCAAGGGUUCAGAAUUAGAGCUAAAUAUCCUGUGAUGUAAUGAAAAUAAUUUGAAAGCACAAUGGCUGAAGAUUGUAAGACUAUGCAAAGUAGCGAACACCACAAGUUAUGAAUUUAUGAGACAUUUUUGCGUGAACUGAUUUUGGAUGGAUUUUGCAACAAUAUCACAACAAAGUCAAUGCAUUUCUAUACAGUCGAACCCGUUGGCUCAACUCCCAGGGACAGGCGAAAAAAAUCUCAGCCUCUGAAAAUUCGAGCCAAGCAGGAAUGCUUACCUUUAGUAGAAAGAAACAGAUCUUUUACAUACAGCUCAAGCCAACAAGGAAAUUGAGCCAAGCGAGUUUGAGCCAACAGGGUUGGAUUGUAGAUUAAAACUUGAUUUUUUACCAUUUUGAAUUGGUAACUGAACUAUCCAGGUGAAUGGGCAAUGUUAAAUAAGCCAACUGCUGGUAUCUGUGUACACACCAAAACCAUUCUAAACGGGCUGGAAUUAAAUUUCUACCAGGAAUACAGCUAGGGGUUCGGAAUAGAACAACAACAAAAACAACAAUUCUUUGAGUAGAUGUUUUUAUUUCAUAUAUAACAUAGGUUUAUCUCGUAUGCAGUAGGUGUUUACUGCUGUAUCUCAGUGAAUAGGCUAAACUUCAAGGUCACAGCUAAACUUCAAGGUCACAGCUAAACUUCAAGGUCACAGCUAAACUUCAAGGUCACAGCUAAACUUCAAGACAGCUAAACUUCAAGGUCACAGCUAAACUUCAAGGUCACAGCUAAACUUCAAGGUCACAGCUAAACUUCAAGACAGCUAAACUUCAAGGUCACAGCUAAACUUCAAGGUCACAGCUAAACUUCAAGGUCACUGUUGGUUCAAAAAGUACAAAUUUCAUGUUCUUCAUUGAUUAUUUCUUAGCUAUGACCAAACAAUGGGCCAGACAAGCUUAAUUGGAAAAAAAUGUCUAGUUCUGAAAUUGAGAGUUUUUUGAGCUUUCAAUAACAGAUCAUUUUACAGUUGUAAAAAUAUAAUUUCUUUGCUGGAUAUUUGCUUGAAAAAUAGUACCUUGAAUUGGAUAUGAAAUGCUUUGGAAACAGUUGCAACAGGGGUCUAAGCCCCUUAACCCUGCCAGGAGCCUGAAUCCUUCAUACUCAGACUAAAUUUUCAGGUGUUUUAUCAUUCCGGUUUAAACCACAUGGUAUGUGCGAAAAAUACUGAACAAGAUUUAUUUUACGGUUUCUGAAUCAUCAAUAGACCACAGUGGUGUCAACACAGAUAAAUUUCUGUGUUAUUUUGUUAGUUUUAAGUCAUAAUUUCGUGUAUACGGUAUUGUUUACAUUCUGCACAUUUGAUUAUGUUGUGUUUUAUAUAUUUCUUAAAACCAUUUUUUAUGACUGUUUUAUUUUUUUGCAGUUUUUUUCUGAAUAGUUUAUUCCUUGUUACAGAGAUACUGUAUGACAUUAAUAUAAGGUUUUUUUUGCACUUUUAUUUCGCUUAAAAAAUGUUUACCAUGCAUGUUUAAUUAAUCAAUAUUUGAAUAUGUUAGGUUUAAUCAAGGUUUUGUCACUAGUAUGAAAAAUGUUAAAGAACCUGGGGUCGUAUUCAAUACUAGGCUGGUGGAUUCAAUAUACAUCUUAAAAUAAUCUUAUGGUCAUACAUUAUUGACUUUAUUCACUGUAUUGGUCAGAAGUAAUCCUAUAAGCUACAUCAUUCUUAGAUCCAAUUACGACCAAUAUUGAAUACCACCCCUAUCUAAAGAAUGAUGUAGCUAAUCGGAUUGCUUGAUACAAAUAACAGACCUAUACAGUGAAUGGAGCCAAUGAUGUAUGACCGUAAGAUCUACUUAAGUUGCAUGGUGAAUACCUCCCCUGUUAGCAAAAAAUAAUGAGCAGAAAAAUUCUGAAAAUUAUUUGUUUUACUAUAAGAAGAAAGACCACCAGUUAUACGGUGCUCAGCAACUAUGGAUAUUAUGGUGUACAGAAUGUGAAGAUAUGAUAUUAGUUUUACUUGAGAACUGUUGUUUUGUUUGCAGAUGAUUCGUUGGUUUGAUCAUGACCUUUUUGUGUAUAUGCAAAUUAUUUUGUAUUUCAAUUCGUUUUAUUAUGGGUAGUCUUUGGUUUUUGCAAAUAAAAACUUUUAAAUUUA